GGUUCCUCCGGCCUGGCCGGCCGGCCGCGGGCCGUCGCGGGCACUCACCUCACUAUUCAAGCUUGGGAGCUGAGGCACCCCCGGGGCGCAGGCUGGGGCGACGAUUCCCACCUUCUGGCUAUGACCCUACUAGGAAGUGCCAAGCGCAACUUCCGGCGCGAGGGAGUUUUGAAGCUCUAAAUUAUUUCUUCUAGGAAUUUUAAUGAAUCACUGACUGAUCAGCACCGUUUUACCAGUUGGACUGAGUUAUCAGAAAUGGGCAUAGUGCUUUUAGAGCCAACAUGUAACAGAUGGAUGCAACUCCAAGCUGAUUACGUCUUCAUGCCAACACUCUUUUGACUGUACAGGAUCUUUGUCUCUUCAUCUUUGAUCUGGAUUGCUGGCAGAUAAAAGGAGUUCAUGUAGUGUUUUGUUUAAGCUUGAGUCACCAUGAGUAGUAGUUUAGGCAAAGAAAAAGACUCUAAAGAGAAAGAUCCCAAAGUGCCAUCUGCCAAGGAAAGAGAAAAAGAGGCAAAAGCUUCUGGAGGUUUUGGGAAAGAAAGCAAAGAAAAAGAACCUAAAACCAAAGGGAAAGAUGCCAAAGAUGGAAAGAAGGAUUCCAGUGCUGCCCAACCAGGGGUGGCUUUUUCAGUCGACAAUACGAUCAAACGGCCAAAUCCAGCACCUGGGACUAGAAAAAAAUCCAGCAAUGCGGAGGUAAUUAAGGAGCUUAACAAAUGCCGGGAGGAGAACUCGAUGCGCUUGGACUUAUCCAAGAGGUCUAUACAUAUACUGCCACCGUCAAUCAAAGAGUUGACUCAACUAACAGAACUUUAUUUAUACAGUAACAAAUUGCAGUCCCUUCCAGCGGAGGUGGGCUGUCUAGUAAAUCUCAUGACACUGGCUCUCAGUGAGAACUCACUCACUAGUUUGCCUGACUCUCUUGAUAACUUGAAGAAGCUGCGGAUGCUUGAUUUACGGCAUAAUAAACUGAGAGAAAUUCCUUCAGUGGUCUAUAGGCUCGAUUCUCUCACCACUCUAUACCUUCGCUUUAAUCGGAUAACUACUGUGGAAAAGGACAUCAAAAACCUGCCGAAGCUCAGCAUGCUCAGCAUCCGAGAGAACAAAAUCAAACAGCUUCCUGCCGAAAUUGGUGAAUUAUGUAACCUCAUUACCCUGGAUGUAGCUCACAAUCAACUUGAACACCUUCCAAAGGAGAUUGGAAACUGCACACAGAUAACCAACCUUGACUUGCAGCACAAUGAACUACUAGACCUCCCAGAUACAAUAGGAAACCUGUCCAGUUUAAAUCGUCUUGGCCUGAGAUACAAUAGAUUGUCAGCAAUACCCAGAUCAUUAGCAAAAUGCAGUGCACUUGAGGAGUUAAAUUUAGAGAACAAUAACAUUUCUACUCUACCAGAGAGUCUUUUAUCCAGUCUUGUAAAAUUGAAUAGCUUGACCUUAGCUAGAAAUUGUUUCCAGUUAUAUCCAGUGGGAGGUCCAUCUCAGUUUUCCACCAUUUAUUCCCUCAACAUGGAACACAAUCGAAUCAACAAAAUCCCAUUUGGAAUUUUCUCCAGAGCUAAAGUGUUAAGUAAGCUGAAUAUGAAGGACAAUCAGUUGACAUCACUUCCUUUGGAUUUUGGAACUUGGACCAGUAUGGUAGAAUUGAAUUUAGCCACAAAUCAGCUUACAAAGAUCCCAGAGGAUGUGUCUGGUCUUGUUUCUCUUGAGGUUCUAAUAUUAUCGAACAAUCUUCUGAAGAAGCUUCCCCAUGGUCUUGGAAACCUUAGAAAGUUACGAGAAUUAGACCUAGAGGAGAACAAACUGGAGUCCUUGCCCAAUGAGAUUGCUUACCUCAAGGAUUUACAGAAAUUAGUCUUGACAAACAACCAGUUGACCACUCUUCCCAGAGGCAUUGGUCACCUCACCAACCUCACACACCUUGGCCUUGGAGAGAACCUGCUAACUCACCUUCCUGAGGAAAUUGGUACACUGGAAAACCUAGAAGAACUGUAUUUGAAUGACAACCCCAAUCUUCACAGCCUCCCCUUUGAGCUGGCUCUCUGCAGCAAGCUAUCAAUCAUGAGUAUUGAGAACUGUCCACUCAGUCACCUCCCACCUCAAAUUGUUGCUGGAGGGCCUUCGUUCAUUAUUCAGUUUUUAAAGAUGCAGGGUCCAUAUCGUGCCAUGGUCUGAUGUAAACUGCUGGUCCCACACACUGUUCAAAAAUAGACUGCCAUUAAUGUUUCAUAUCUAUAUCUGUAUCUGUGGAUAUUGAUCUAUGGCAGAUUUAUAAAGACUGCAUUAUGUGUUUCUGCUAAUAGAGGAAUCAUAGCCAUUUAGAUUUUUUUAAUUCUGUAAAGAAAAAGGCUUAUAUAAGUUUUCUUUGCUAAAUUUGAUGGAUGGUUUUCUGUUAUAUAAUCUGAGAUGCCAGUUUGUUUAAAAAUCUUCCAACAAAUUAUGAAAUCAUUAAAUUUAAGGGAUAAAGUAAUAUAGUUAGAUAUGUGUUCCUUUUUAGGAAAAUGUGGGCCAAAAAAUUUUGUUGCAACUUUUCAUAUACAUUUCCCCUUAAAAUUGUCAGAUUUUUAUAAUAGCAUAAGCCCUGAAGGUAGACUUUUUCUUUAACUUAUUUUGAAAUUUGAAAUUUAAAUUUUAUAUAUUGUUUACAGUCAGAGUGAAUCACUGGAUUAUUUUGAUUUGCUCUGUUUUAAUCAGAUACAGAGUUUGUAUUCUCUGUUAAAGAAUUUGCAUCAGUUAGUUUAACUAUUAUAAGAUACUUUGUUGAAACGGCUGGCAAACAGAAAAUAUACAUUUAGAAAUCAAAAUUUCCAUUACUUUCAUUUCUUUAAUGAACUGUAAAGUAAAUAUCUGGAGUGAAUCUUUGGGGUGGGGUACUGAGACCUUUCCUAGAAUAAGUAUUUUUACUUUUGGGGAGCAGAAAUCUGUGGUGAAAGGUUUUCUUUUCUUUUCCAUUCCUGUAAGUUGCAGAUCCACAAAAAUUUAAUGGAAAUUUGGCAAAUAAAUUACACAUAAACUCACA